AGCCACCAAAAUUGUGCCUGAGAAACUAAGAGUGAGAAGCAGUGGACUCAGAUAGAGAGAGAGAAAGAAAGAGGGAGAUGGGAGUGACGAAGGAACAAGUUGAAUCUUCACUGACCUCCAAAUUGAAUCCUUCUCAUCUCGAUAAUUGGUUGGUCCCAAUUUGAUUCCAGAAUCAAUGCCUCUUGGAUUCUUUAACCGAAGAACUGUUUUCUCCAAAGUCCUCUUCCAUAAACCUUUAUUUUUCAGCUUCUCUUACUCACAAUCUACAAACCCAUCGCUUCAGCCCCUCUACGACCUCCCAACAUGCAUUGCCUCACUUCAAGCAUGUGCCAACCAUGAGAACCUCAUCAGAGGCCAACAAAUCCACUCCUACAUGCUCACCAAUGGUUUCCUCAACUCUCCGCGUUCCAUCACGAGCCUUAUUAACAUGUACACCAAGUGCAACCGAAUGGAUUUUGCUGUUUCCAUCUUCAAUAAUCCUUUCCAUGACUGCAAUGUAUUUGCUUAUAAUGCAAUAAUUGCUGGUUUUAUUGCAAAUGGGUUUGUCCAUAAUGGGUUUGAGUUUUAUGAACAAAUGCGAAUGGCCGGCAUCAUGCCGGAUAAGUUUACGUUCCCAUGUGUGAUUAGAGCUUGUUGUGACGUAGUGGAGGUUUGUAAGAUCCAUGGGAUGCUGUUUAAACUUGGAUUGGAGUUGGAUGUGUUUGUUGGUAGUGCUUUGGUUAAUAGUUAUUUGAAACUUAGUUCAGUGGACGAGGCACAAGAAGUGUUUGAGGAAUUGCCAAUGAAGGAUAUUGUGCUAUGGAAUGCAAUGGUUAAUGGGUAUAAAGAGAUUGGGCGGUUUGAUGAGGCUUUGAAGGUUUUUAGGACUAUGGGUAAAGAAGGGGUUGUGUCAAGUAGAUUUACAGUUACUGGGGUCUUGUCUAUUUUUGCGGUAAAGGGAGAUUUUGACAAUGGGAGAGCUGUUCAUGCAUUUGUCAUAAAAAUGCGGUAUGAUAUAGGUAUUGCUGUUUCAAAUGCAUUGAUUGACAUGUAUGGAAAAUGCAAAUGUGUUGAUGAAGCAUUACUAAUUUUUGAGGCAAUGCUGGAAAAGGAUAUAUUUUCAUGGAACUCAAUUCUUUCUGUUCAUGACCAAUGCACCGAUCAUGAUGGUACUCUGAGACUCUUUGGAAGGAUGUUAGCUGCUAGAAUUUUGCCUGAUCUGGUCACCAUCACGACAGUUCUUCCAGCUUGCUCUUUUUUGGCUGCCUUAAAGCAUGGUAGAGAAAUUCAUGGAUAUAUGAUUACUAAUGGAUUAGGGAAGGAUGACAAUAAUAAUGUAUACUCUGAUGAUGUGUUAGUGAACAAUGCCAUCAUGGACAUGUAUGCGAAAUGUGGGAGCAUGAGAAAUGCUUAUAUGGUUUUUGAUAAGUUGAGAAUUAAGGAUGUUGCAUCAUGGAACAUCAUGAUCAUGGGUUAUGGUGCACAUGGCUAUGGUAAUGAGGCAUUAGAUUUGUUUUCUCUUAUGUGUGAGGCGCAGCUUAUGCCUGAUGAGAUCACAUUUGUUGGGGUCUUAUCCGCUUGCAGCCAUGGAGGUUUAUUGAGACAGGGGCUUGAAUAUUUUACUCAAAUGACCUCAAGAUAUGGUGUGGUUCCAACUAUUGAGCACUAUACAUGUGUAACUGAUAUGCUUGGUCGGGCUGGGAAGCUUGAUGAGGCCUAUGAAUUGGUCAAAAACAUGCCUAUUGAGGCCAACCCUGUUGUGUGGAGGGCUUUAUUAUCAGCAUGUAGACUCCAUGGUAAUGCAGAUCUUGCAAAGGUAGCUGCACAACGGGUGAUUGAACUAGAUCCAGGGCAUUGUGGUAGUUAUGUUCUCAUGUCUAAUAUUUAUGGAGUGGCUGGUCAAUAUGAAGGGGUAUCUGAAGUUAGACAUACAAUGAGGCAGCAAAAUGUCAAGAAGAUACCGGGCUGUAGUUGGAUUGAGCUCAAGGAUGGUGUGCAUACUUUUAUUACUGGAGAUAGGGCUCAUCCUGAUGCCAACUUAAUUUAUACUUAUUUGAUUUUAUUGACAGCUCGUCUUUGUGAAUAUGGAUAUGUACCUCAUAUCUAAUUUUGCAUUCAUAAUAAUUGCUAGCAGUGUGCGAUAGAAUUUUCAGUUUUAUCCUAUUUUCCUUGUAAUAGAUGCAAAAGAGAUCAAAUAGAAAGGGUUAGCAUAUUUAUGCUCCA